AAUCGGCCAUUUCGUCUGUUUUUAGGCCAUCUGCUGUUGGAGGGCAGUAGGGGUAUCGUUUGUACAGUAUAUCUGCAAGGCAACUUAAAAUACCAUAAAAAUGAAUGAAACUGCGAUCUCGUUUGCCAAGGACUUCUUGGCUGGUGGCAUCUCCGCUGCCAUCUCCAAGACGGCUGUUGCUCCCAUUGAGAGAGUCAAGCUUCUCCUUCAGGUCCAGCAUGCCAGCAAGCAAAUCACCGCAGAUAUGCAGUACAAGGGAAUUAUGGACUGUGUGACCCGUAUUCCCAAGGAACAGGGCUUUCUUUCCUUCUGGAGAGGAAACCUGGCCAAUGUCAUCAGAUACUUCCCUACCCAGGCCCUCAACUUUGCCUUCAAGGACAAGUACAAGAAGGUCUUCCUUGAUGGCGUCGACAAGCGUACCCAGUUCUGGAGGUACUUCGCCGGUAACCUGGCCUCCGGUGGUGCUGCCGGGGCCACCUCCCUGUGCUUCGUCUACCCCCUCGACUUCGCCAGAACCCGUCUGGCUGCCGACGUGGGCAAGGCCGGAGCCGGCAGAGAGUUCAACGGCCUGGGCGACUGCCUGGCGAAGAUCUUCAGAUCCGACGGCCUGAAAGGCUUGUACCAAGGCUUCAACGUGUCAGUCCAGGGCAUCAUCAUCUACAGAGCCGCUUACUUUGGUAUCUACGACACAGCCAAAGGUAUGCUGCCCGACCCCAAGAACGCCACCAUCUUGGUGAGCUGGAUGAUCGCCCAGAGUGUGACCGCCGUAGCCGGCCUGACCUCCUAUCCCUUCGACACUGUCCGUCGUCGUAUGAUGAUGCAGUCUGGCCGCAAAGGAGCUGACAUCAUGUACACUGGGACCAUCGACUGCUGGAAGAAGAUCGCCCGUGACGAGGGAGGCAAGGCUUUCUUCAAGGGAGCCUGGUCCAAUGUCCUCAGGGGCAUGGGCGGCGCCUUCGUGCUGGUAUUGUACGACGAGCUGAAGAAAGUCAUGUAAACUUUUUUUUUUAACAUCUGUUGAAAUUUGACAUGAAAUGGCUAAAUGUAACAUAACUUUCCAUUUUGAUGGACUCUGCAUUCUGCCUUAUUUAUGGGAACAAACUAGUGUCACACGACUAGUUGCGGAUGAUGGCUGUAAGUUGUGCUUCUUUUAUCAUUUAAAUGUUCCACACCUCUACCAAUGUCAUUCCUGUUAAAGAAAUCUGAACAUCCUCCUGUCAUUCAGUAGGUUUGUUUGUAAUCACAACUUGGAAUAAAUGUAUUCUGGUGAACAAACCUA